GACAUCAAAAUCUUUCCCCCAAAAGUUCCUUCUCUCUGCCCCCUCAAUUCGCUUCAAUUCGAUCGACGAACCCGAUUCGAGCAUAUGGGUAGCGGAGAAAAGGUCUUCACCUUGAAGGAAGUCGCUGAGCACAACAAUCACAAGGACUGUUGGCUCAUCAUCAGUGGCAAGGUAUAUGACGUGACCAAAUUCUUAGAUGACCAUCCUGGAGGUGAUGAUGUUUUGUUAUCAGCCACAGGAAAAGAUGCAACGGACGAUUUUGAAGAUGUGGGGCACAGUGACAACGCAAGAGAAAUGAUGGAUCAAUACUAUGUCGGAGAGAUUGAUGGUUCGACAAUUCCGAAGAAGGUUGCAUACACGCCUCCGAAACAGCCUCAUUACAAUCAGGACAAGACGUCGGAGUUCAUCAUCAAGCUCCUCCAGUUCCUCGUCCCGCUUGCAAUUUUGGGAUUGGCAGUUGCCUUACGUUUCUACACGAAACAAGCUUGAGGUUGGUUGGUACCUUAAAACUUUUAAAUUUGUUAGAUUGGUAGUAGUUGAGUUUUAUGCUGUUUGCUAAUGAUCAUUUGGUAACGUUGUUUUCUUGGUUAUAUAAUGUGAGACAAUCAUAAGUGUUUUCAGUUUCCAACUUACUCUAGAUUUGUCAUAUUUAAUGUACCUCUAUACUUAAUUUCAAAAUAAAGAUGGUCGAGAUUUCGUUA